AUGAAAAUUGAAAGGCCAAUAGAAAGGCGGUUCUCACAGCCUCCAGAAAAUAUUUCAAAUAUCAUAAGGCAUCUAACGGAUCUUCCCGAAGAGGACAUAUAUGCCUAUCUAAACAAUUUGAAAGAGUGGAAAUACACAAAAACAGACCUCCUGUACUGGGUGGAUGUUUUAGAUAGAUUUGAUGCGAUACUGAAGAACAUCUCCACGACGUACAGCUUGGAGCAAUUUCAAAAUCAUCCCAUGAAAGAGACAGACAAGGAAACAGUGCAUGCAAUUCUGCAGUUCCAGAAGCUGCUGGUUGAGAACAGCUCCAACAAGAGCCUUUUCAGCUCGUUUGACGUGAUAGAGCCGUACAUCUACUCGUUUGAGCUCGAGCUUGUGGUCGAUGCUCUCUAUCUUGUGUCGUUCUUCGCCUCCAAGAUACACAUCCAGAGAUCGAUCAAAACAAGCAUGAACCUAAUGAAGAUGGACACACUGAAGAUCCUGAUUGAAAGAGUGAAGGAAAAACCGCACCCCAUAUACACGUACUACGACGAGCACACAAACACGUGCAAGCGAGUGAACAUUAAGAAAGCAGUCAAAAAGGGGCUGUACGGCCUUUCAGAUAAGACAGUGCCAAAACAGGAAAUCCGCAGAUUUAUUCACGCAAUCAGAUCGCACGAGCUGAUCGAGCAGCUGGACAAAUUAAAGAUAAUUCGCCUGCUCGCAUUCAGCGCGCUGGUCUACUACAACUACUCGGAUCUUCCCAUAGACUCAGAGUUCAUCAGCAGAGACAUCCCAGAGACUCUGAACAUCAUCAACACGGAGAGCUACAAAAUGAGAGAGGCAGCAGUGGUGAUGAUAGAUGCGAUUUUCAGAAUGAGAAUACGGCACUCUGCAGUGAUCGCAGCAAUGAAUGCACAGUCGCACGAGGGCAUGAUAAUGAACCUGCUAAAACACGUGAUCAAUGAAGAUGUCCCAGAGCAUUUCUCAGUGGCAUUUUUCAACUUCCUCAGCUCCUGCUUUGCCUCUGCUCCGUGCGUCUCUGCCCUGUUCUCUGCAGGAAUUGUCCAGUAUGUGUGCAACACUCUCAAAGACAGAUCUGACAUCUCGUACAGAAAAAAGAUGCGGUUGGUGAUGGGCGCAAACACCUUCUUGUUCACGCUUCCUGCGCCCUUCACAUGGUUUAUAUCUGAGAAUGGCGUGGGAAUACUUUCCAAGGAGCUCCUGAAGUCCGUUGAAACAGUGCUGGGCAAUCUGAAGGACCACGAUUUGCUGCUGUACAUAAACUCGAUCAUGAAAAUUAUUUCGCAGCUGUUCAAGAACAUAGGAACAGUGGAGGCAAUGCGCGGGUUUCUGGAGGGCGAGUUUCCUCGCGCGAUUAACCUGGUGCUCUUCCACUCAGACGAGUUUACGCCUUCCAUUUUGGCGUAUUUGUUCUCUGCAGUUGCUGACUACAUCCACAAUGAGCCAUCGAAUUUGCCGUUUAUCAUUGAGGCGGGAAUAUUCGAUGGAUUUGUGGAGUGCAUGAAGAAAGAGCUGCCUGCUUCGCCUGACCUGCUGCUGGAGCUCCCCAACCUGAUAGAAGCCUUCUUUUUGAACAGCGAGCUGAUUAAGAAGAUAGAAACAGAGAACAUCCUCGACAAAAUUUUCCAGAGUUUUGAAAUGAUCAAUCUGUGCAACACCAUUCUCUCGUAUGACAUCGCAAGGACAUACGGCAUAUUUUUGGAGAAUCUCGUGCGGCACUAUCCCGUGAUAUCAUCGACUGUAAAGGAAAAAAUAUACAACACAAUGAAAAAUCUGGAGAGUCUGAUACCGCACACGGAGCCAGAGCUGAUGCUUCUUCUGCUGGAGAAUCUGUUUAGAAUGGUGCACAGGGCUGUGUACAGGAAGACAACAAACAACCAGCUGAUCACAGACAAAGGCCUGCUGAACAACAGGAUAAUAACGAUGCUUACGCUGAUAGAAAUACCGCCGGACACAGAGCUGUACACGGACGUGAUGAGCAUACUGACAGAAGUGUUCAGCGAAGACCAGGCAUACGUUAUCUCGUACAUUGUCAAGUUUGUCGACAGAACAAUGAAGAAUAAAAUCACGCUGGAGAACAUCGAGAGAAUUAAAAGAAUUUUGCUAAUUGCAAACUAUCUCCUUUUUAGGACGGAAGAGAUCAACAAGCCCUUUGUAAAGCACUGCACGUCAAAAGGGUUUCUCCAGAUCAUCAAGAGAAUCAGCCAGUACUUCAACAGCCUGAAGGACAAAAUCACGUUUGCGAACAAACAGUACAACGAAACACUGAUCAACCUCUACUACUCUUUCACCCUGGGGAUACUGAAGAACUCGUACACGGUUAAAGACGCGACAAAGCAGUAUUUGAAAAUAUUUGACAUUUUGAUCACAGAGGCGAUUGAAAAGACAAACCAGAAGGACUUUGCAGACUAUGCGACGCACAUGCACGGGAUCAAGAACUACCUCCUUUUGGACAAAGACACAAGCACAUACCCCUCAACGCACUAUUUUUCCGUUACGCACGACUAUCUUAUCGGCAGAAACAUCAGCAAAAUACUGCAAGAUCACGCCAAAGCUCUGAUCUGCAUGCAGCAAACAAUGGAUCCGCUGGUUGUGAAGAAGGCAGUGUCUUCGAUUCUUGAAGUUCUCUCGAUCUACAGCAGAGGAAUAAGCAAUCUGUUCGUGCCAAAUGCGCAAAAUGCACAAAAGUCGAGAAACCAAGAAAUAGAAGAAGACACUCUCAUAAUAACGGAGCUUCUUCUCUCGUACAUAGACAAGAACAGCAUAGAGCACCUCCUCAGCAUUGUAAAAACAGCGUUCUAUCUGACCCUGAAGAAAAAGAUCCCAAAGGAAACAGAAAGAGAAAAUGAGAACACUCCAGAGUACAAGAGAAGAGACUGUUUGGGGUCGUUUUUUAUUUCUGUGUUUUUGUCGCUGCCCAAAGAGGAAACAGAGAACGUGCUGAAUGCAGACAUAUUUACUAUUCUGGUAAAAAACAAAAAAACUUUCAAACAGGUGUACAACAAGCAGUGCUACGAUCUGCUGAGAUACGCAGCAGUGAAGGAGUACAACGUGUACAUGCAUCUUUUCAACUAUCUCCCAGAAAUGGUUGGGCAGGUUGGAGAGUCAAAAGACCCUUCGUUCCUGCAGCUGUUUUCGAUGGUGCUUACAUUCACUGCAAUGAAAGACACUUUGAAAAAAACAAAUCUUCUGUCUCGGGCUGCAGGAGAGAUACGAAUGCACGAAACAGCAGACGCAGCAGUGCUAGAAGCCCAGGGCAUUGUUCUCCUGGCCGUGGUGAAGCUGAAAAUAGAAUACGAGCUGAAUAUAGUAGUAGAAGACCCUAUGGGCAUACUGAACAGAAUGUACGCAGCCUUGGAAAACAGCGAGUCAAAAGAAAGCCUUCUAAUUCUGAUUAAUCUGAUCAUCAGGAGAAUGACGGAGAGCAGAGAGGCAGUCAGUGAAACAGUGGAGACAAUCAUCAAAAGCAAACACGUGGGCAAGUUCAGAAUGUACACGACACACACGACAUGCAGCAAUUUGAGGAGCACCAUUUUCUACUCUAUUUCGACUUUUCUCAGAUACAUAGCAGAUAAUUUUGAAUACGUUAACCUAGGAUGGGACGACAUCAGACACAAGCUGCCAGAUGAUGCAGCACAGAACAGCAACAGCACAGGCAAUACGAACGCAGACAGUCUGGAAAUAACAGAGGCUGCGUUGGAAACACUUUCAGACGGGUUGUUCACUAAAAAGAUAAAGGUGUACCCGAACAUCAAAACAGAAACAUUCGGAAUACUUUUUAAGACAGCAUCAGACAAUGUGAUGGAGCGCAUUGCGAGAACACACUCGCUCUGUCUUCUUGUCUCGGCAUUCCCACAGCUGCUUUCUUCGUUGGAUGAGAGUGAUUACGCACAUUUGGACAGACAUCUGCAGGCACACGCAGGGUAUGCUAAGUCACUGAAACAAAGUCAGGUGCCAGAAGAAGAGAAAUCGCUGGCGCACUGGUCUGGACACUUAAUCAUCGUCAUUUUCAAUUACUCAACAUGCGUGGAGAUCAAGUCAUAUCUGCUGAAGAAGAUUCUCUCCAUGCUUUCAGAGUCAGUUACAAACACCGUGAUAUUUUCUGAGCUCAUCCAGGAGCUGCUUGUCACGAGGUUCAGCAAAAAUACCUUUGAGGAGAACACUAAGCUGAUCAAAAAAAUGAACGCACUGGAUGCAAUCAUCAAAAGCACAAUGGAGAUAGACGAAAGAAGGAAAGACUACUCGAAGGUAAUAGACAUACUCACCAGGCCAAUUGAAUACAUCACGAGAAUACUGGCAGUGGACGAAACAGAGGCAUUCUAUGAAGAGGUCAGCCAGUCAGAAGAAGAAGUGUUCUUUGAAGACAUUGAUGAAGGAUACAUGGAAGACUUUGACACAGACGAAACAAUGGACAGCGACCAGGUGGUCUAUGAUGACACGGAAGAGCACUCGCAUGAGAUAGCAGAAGAAAGCACAGAAGACUCGCAGACAGUGUACACCUCCGAGUCAAAUAACUACGAAGAGUAUGUCAUAUCAGAAGAAGAGGAGAUAUCAGAGAGCCAGUCAAGCAGCAGCGAGCCAAACAAGAAAAAUGAGUUCUUAAAGUCCCUGAACAUGCCGUCAACCUCUAAGCUCCUGGUCGAAGAGAUGGACGUGCUUCUGGAUGGAGAAAAAACAACCUUCGUGCAGAAAAUACUGGAAAGCAUUGUCCUCUCUACACUCCAGGAGAAAGAGCCCAUGAAAGAGCCGCUAAAAGACAGCGCAGAUUUUGAGAACAACUUUGAAGAUGCUUUUAACGGUAAUGAUGAAGAGACUCUGUUGGAAAUAGGCGAUACGCACUCAGAGGACACAGACUACGAGGAGUACGGUGACUACAACGAAGAGUACGAAGACGAAGAAAGCUUUGCAACAGGAGAAGAAAUAGUGAUAGGCGACGAGAACGGAGAAGUGCCCGUGUUGGAUGUUGAGAUACUGAACAAUCUGCCCCUCGAUAUAUUGGAAGAUACGGUUUUCCAGUUCUACCAGGACAGAAUCGCAUCCAGCACAGAGUACAGGCCAAUAAGCCUGCACUUCCUCAACAGGCUGAGGGAAGAGGUUCGCAGCUUAUUCGAAGAGCAGGAGACGAGAUACAUGGAAACUUUUGCAGGAGAAGCCCCCAGAAGAGAAGAAAAAAAAAAGAAAGUGCAGGAGAUACCUUUCAUUGCAGAAAGAGACGCGUCUGCUUCUGUCGCAGCUGAGCUAGUGGCUGAGUUCAUACGGAUGAUCCUGCAGUGCACCAACAGACGGCAUCUCUACAGAAUUCUCCACAAUAUCUCAGCAAAUAAAAGCAUCCGAGAAAGCGUGGUUUCUGUGCUUGUAGGAAGCAUCAGCCAAAUAUCAGGGGCUGUGGGUCCUGGAGUCAGCGGGAAUAUGUCUCCAUUUGGAAAUUCAAGCAGCAGCAACAUCAAUGCAAACUACAAUGUUUCUCCAGGCAGCGCCCUUGCAACCUACACGAACAGCGAAGUGCUCCCUGAUGUUAUUGUAAAGAGGAGCUACGAAGCACUGACUUAUCUCUGCACAAAGUCCUCUGAUUUUACAACGGUAUUCAGCGGGAAUGUAGAGUUGAUCAAUCAGAUACUGAACAGCAUGAGCAAAAGAACACUCGCUGAAAGCACCAAGCUAAUCAGCACGCUGGGAGACGGGUUCAAAAACGACAGAGUAUCGGAGAAUGACCACAGCAGAGUGAAUAUCCAGAAAUUCAUCGAGCUUUUGGAGUAUGAUAUGACAGAUGAUACGUUCACAUACUUCUCAGACUUUAUCAGCAAAACAGAAAAGUUUUACCGGAUGGUCUAUCUGAACUACCUGAUGGCUGGCAGCGCCAGGCUCCUGGACGAGUACAUGAGCAGGAAAAACGAGUUUAACAGCCAGACAAACCAUAAGAGCAUUAUGCGCCUCGUACGGAUGGUGAGUCUCGUGGCAAUACUUGGCGUAACAGAUGAGCACCUUGACGGGCUGCUGAACAUCAGAGAAAUGCCGUUCUGGGCACACUAUUUCAGCUGCAUUCUACCGCGAGAGAGAGAGUCUCUUUUUCCCUCUUCCCUUUUGCCGAUGUUCAAGGCUUUUAUUAUCGUGCACUCGAUAGAAAAAUACGUUGGAAGAAACAGCGAGAAUGUGAACGAGUUUGCAAAAAUAACAACAGAGCCAUCUAUCUACCACGCAGUCAUAGAGCAGGAGAAAGACCUGAUCAACUCUUUCAUCCAGGCCGAUCCUGAUCUGCUGUUUAUGUCGUUCUCCGGGCUGCAGAAGAAAAUACUCGAUUUCGACAAUAAAAGAAUUUUCUUCUACAAAAAGAUAAGAGGAAGCGUGCAGCAAAAGACCACUGUGCCUUUGAUGGUGCAGCGGGGGGCAGUCUUUGAAGACACAUUCCACCAGCUGAUGCGCCUCGCAGGGGAGCAGGUGAGACACGCGAAGUUCAACAUAAAGUUUGUGGGCGAAGAAGGCGUGGAUGCAGGCGGCUUGACGAGAGAGUGGUACUCCGAGCUGAGCAAGGAAAUGUUCAACCCGAACUAUGCGCUGUUCACGCCAAUAGGAGCAUCGUACCAGCCAAACCACAACAGCCACAUAAAUCCAGAGCAUUUGGUGUACUUCAAGUUCAUUGGGAGAAUAAUCGGAAAAGCUGUCUAUGACGAAAUGACAGUUGACUGCCAUUUUACGCGGGCAUUUUACAAGCGCGUGCUGGACAUACCUGUAGACUUAAGCGACGUGGAGACUUUGGAUCCAGAAUUCUACCGGUCUCUUGUGUGGAUACUGGAAAAUGACAUCGAGAAUGUUCUGGAAAUGACGUUUUCAAUGGAGCAGGACAGAUUUGGAAUAACAGAGAUUAUCGAUCUGAAGGAGAACGGAAGGAACAUUGCGCUUACGAACCACAACAAAAGAGAAUACGUCGAGCUGAUCUGCGGAUUUAAGCUUGUCCGAGUUGUAGAAAGACAAUUAGCAGCUUUUAUUGAAGGAUUCUUUGAAAUUCUCGACAGAGAUCUGCUGAAAAUGUUCAAUGAAAAAGAGGUUGAGCUUCUGAUCAGCGGUUUGCCCGAGAUAGACGUUGAUGACUGGCGCAACAACUCGAUAUACAUCGGGUACACCUCAGAGUCGCAGGUUAUUCGGUGGUACUGGAGGGCAGUGCGCAAUUUCUCGAUGGAGGAAAGAGCCAAGCUACUGCAGUUUGCAACAGGAACAUCGAAACUGCCGCUUGAAGGAUUUGCAGGGCUGCGGUGCCAAAAUGGAAACCAGAAGUUCCAAAUACACAAGGCUUCAGGAAGCUCAACAAGGCUCCCCACAGCACACACGUGUUUCAAUCAGCUGGACCUCCCAGAGUACGACUCGUACGAACAGCUCGUCAAAGCUCUUUUGUUCUCAAUUGAAGAAUGCUCGAGUGGGUUUGGUUUUGCCUAG